CAGAGGCAGAAUGACAGAUUUUUACCUUGUCAGUUCAAUUUGUUCUUGCUUAGUUAAAUAAAGGUAAAAUAAAUAAAAUAAAAUGUUUAUUUCCCUGUUGUUUAUCCAUUUCACUUGCUUUGACCGGGCUGUUAUGUGACGCGACUCCAAAGAAAAGCCUGUAAGAUCCCCUGCUCUGAGCAUUGUGUAUGGACAUUGGGCACACUUACACACACACACACACAGGCACAGAGAGAUAGGGAGGAAAGGAGAGGCUGUGUCCCAUUUCAGAGAGGGCACUGGAAGUAGGACAGACAAAAUAAUGAUAAAGAGAGAGAGGGGAGAUAGAGAGGGAGCAAAAGAAAAAAAAGGAAAACCAGAGAGAGAGAAGGGAGAGAAGGUGAAGAGAGAGAGAAGGGAGAGAAGGUGGAGAGAGAGAGAAGGGAGAGAAGGUGAAGAGAGAGAGAAGGGAGAGAAGGUGAAGAGAGAGAGAAGGGAGAGAAGGUGGAGAGAGAGAGAAGGGAGAGAAGGUGGAGAGAGAGAGAAGGGAGAGAAGGUGAAGAGAGAGAGAAGGGAGAGAAGGUGAAGAGAGAGAGAGAAGGGAGAGAAGGUGAAGAGAGAGAGAAGGGAGAGAAGGUGGAGAGAAGGUGGAGAGAGAGUGAAGGGAGAGAAGGUGGAGAGAGAGAAGGGAGAGAAGGUGGAGAGAGAGAGAAGGGAGAGAAGGUGAAGAGAGAGAGAAGAGAGAGAAGGUGAAGAGAGAGAGAAGGGAGAGAAGGUGGAGAGAGAGAGAAGGGAGUGAAGGUGGAGAGAGAGAAAAGGGAGAGAAGGUGGAGAGAGAGAGAAGGGAGAGAAGGUGGAGAGAGAGAGAAGGGAGAGAAGGUGGAGAGAGAGAGAAGGGAGAGAAGGUGGAGAGAGAGAAAAGGGAGAGAAGGUGGAGAGAGAGAGAAGGGAGAGCAUGAGAGCAUUGUGUCACUGAUUCUCCGCCCCUCGCCUCGAAGCAGCAGUAGCAUAAAGAGAGGGAGAGAGAGAAGGAGGAAGAGAGCCCCAAGGAAAACAUAGAUAAGGAGGAAGAGAGCCACAAGGAAAACAGAGAAGGAGGAAAAGAGCCACAAGGAAAACAGAGAGGAAGAAGAGAGCCACAAAGAAAACAAUCAGAAGGAGCAAGCACUCGGCAGUGGGAAGGGAAAAUGGAGCUUUGAGAAAGACCUCCUCCGGUCCUUCCUUUAUUUAUUCUCUCUGGCACAACCAGUCUCCCCCUCUCUCUCUCUCUGUUAAUCUGCCAGCCAUGUACAAUUGUUCUGAGGAAUUCUGACCAUGCCUGUUCUAAUCUGAUGCCGAGGCUGAAGGAGUCUCGUAGCCACGAGUCAUUGCUCAGCCCCAGUAGUGCUGUGGAGGCCGUGGACCUCAGCAUGGAGGACGAGGUGCUCAUCAAACCUGUUCACAGCUCCAUCCUCGGACAGGACUACUGCUUCCAGGUCACCACCUCAACAGGAAGUAAAUGUUUCUCCUGUCGAUCUUCAUCAGAGAGGGACAAGUGGAUGGAGAACCUGAGGAGAGCCGUCCACCCCAACAAGGACAACAGCCGUCGGGUGGAGAACAUGCUGAAGCUGUGGAUCAUCGAAGCCAAGGACAUUCCGGCCAAGAAGAAGUACUUCUGCGAGCUGUGUCUGGACGACACUCUGUACGCCCGCACCACCUGCAAGCUCAAGACCGACAACGUCUUCUGGGGCGAGCACUUUGAGUUCAACAACCUCCCGGCUGCCAAGAGCAUCACGGUCCACCUCUACAAGGACUCGGACAAGAAAAAGAAAAAAGACAAGAACAAUUACAUCGGACUGGUCAACAUCCCAGUCGCCUCGGUGACGGGAAGGCAGUUCAUGGAGAAGUGGUACCCGGUAAGCACUCCGACGCCCAACAAGGGGAAGACGCAAGGGCCCAUGAUUCGGAUCAAGGCCCGCUACCAGAGCAUGAACAUCCUCCCUAUGGAGAUGUAUAAGGAGUUUGCAGAGUACACCACCAAUAACUACAUGUUGCUGUGCUCCGUGCUGGAGCCUGGCAUCAGUGUGAAGAACAAGGAGGAGAUGGCUUCUGCACUGGUCCAUAUUCUACAGAGCACCGGCAAGGCCAAGGACUUCCUGACAGACCUGAUGAUGUCAGAGGUGGACCGGUGUGGGGAGAACGAGCACCUGAUCUUCCGAGAGAACACGCUGGCCACCAAGGCUAUAGAGGAGUACCUCAAACUAGUGGGGCAGAAGUACCUACAGGAUGCACUCGGUGAGUUUAUCAAGGCGUUGUAUGAGUCAGAUGAGAACUGUGAGGUGGACCCGUCCAAGUGUUCGUCCAAUGACCUGCAGGAGCACCAGAGCAACCUGAAGAUGUGCUGCGAGCUGGCCUUCUGCAAGAUCAUCAACUCCUACUGUGUGUUUCCACGGGAACUCAAGGAGGUGUUUGCAUCGUGGCGACAGGAGUGCAGUAGCCGGGGGCGACCGGACAUCAGCGAGCGUCUGAUCAGCGCGUCUCUGUUCCUGCGUUUCCUGUGUCCGGCCGUUAUGUCCCCGUCGCUUUUCAACCUGAUGCAGGAAUACCCUGAUGACCGCACCGCACGCACACUCACACUCAUCGCCAAGGUCACGCAGAACCUGGCCAACUUCGCCAAGUUUGGCAGUAAGGAGGAGUACAUGUCCUUUAUGAACCAGUUCCUGGAACAUGAGUGGACCAACAUGCAGCGCUUCCUGCUGGAGAUCUCUAACCCAGAGACCAUCUCUAACACUGCAGGGUUCGAAGGUUACAUAGACCUGGGACGGGAGCUGUCCACCCUGCACAACCUGCUGUCAGAGGUCGUCUCUACCAUGGAUCCGAGCUCCGCCUCCAAGCUUGGCCCCCUACCCAGGAUCCUCCGGGAGGUGAACACAGCGCUGAACAACCCGUCCAGCAUGACCAUGAGCAUGACCCCUCCGUCCUCCUCUGACCGUAUGGGGUCACCGCCCAAUGCCGGGGCAGGCUGCAGCAUCUCCACCGGCCUACAGAAGAUGGUCAUCGACAAUGACCUUCCAGGGUUGGUGGACUUCACCCGGUUACCCUCCCCCACCCCGGAGAACAAGGAACUCUUCUUUGUCACCAGGAACGCUGGGAUCCAGCCCACCCCGGCCCGCAGCUCUAGCUACUCUGAAUCCAAUGAGCCCGACCUGGGCAUAGCCAACGGCAGCAAGAGCCUGUCCAUGGUGGACCUCCAGGACCCCCGCAGCUUAGAGAGUGGCCCAGGCCCUGGCCCGUCAGACGGCCUGGGAGAGGGCAUCGUUCCUGGGGGAGUGUGGUCGGCCCGAACCCCCCAGGGGAACAUCACUGGAGGUCCUACUCUGAGAAGGCCCGUCCAGACCCCCACCACCCCCGGAUCGGAGAGCGCCCCAGGCAGACCUGCUCAGCUUCUAGCCCCCCUGUCCUUCCAGAACCCUGUCUACCAGAUGGCGGCAGGGCUGCCCUUGUCGCCGCGGGGCCUGGUCGACUCGGGUUCUGAGGGCCACAGCUCCCACAGUUCCCAUAGCAACAAUGAGGAUGGGCCAGGAGGGGGAGGGGGGAUACACAACUCCUUCCUGAACCACGGAGUAGGAGGUGGGGGGAGCAGCAUGGAGGAGUAUGCCCGUCGUUCGGGGGAGUUCAUAGGCACACGGAGGCAGCUGUCACUCACAGAGGCCCAGCACCAGCCCACCGUGCCCAGACAGAAUAGCGCCGGCCCCCAGCGCAGGAUAGACCAGCCCCCUCCACAGACCACCGUCACCAGGGGCCGCACGCCCCCAAACCUGCUCAACAGCGGGCCCUACCCGCGCCCCUCCAGCAGCAGCAUGAUGUCGUCCCCCGACUGGCCCGGCAACGGGGCGCGGCUACGGCAACAGUCGUCGUCAUCAAAAGGAGACAGCCCAGAGAGCAAGCAGAGAGCCCAGCACAAACAGGCCCCCUCCCCAGUGAAGCCCAAUGCACUGGACCGUACGGCUGCCUGGCUGUUGAAUAUGAAUGUUCAGUAUGUAGACCAUGAGCGGAUGGACCCCGAGUUCAGAAACAGAGAGGAUCUCACUCAGGCCGAGAAGUACCAGCAGGAGAUUGUGGUCCUCCAGGAGAAGCUGCGUGUGUCGGUCCAGAAGCUGGAGGAGUAUGAGGCUCGUCUGAAGGGUCAGGAUGACGGUGCUCAAAAGGUGCUGAUGGAGUACCAGGCACGGCUGGAGGAGUCUGAGGAACGCCUGAGACGACAGCAGGAUGACAAGGACCUCCAGAUGAAGGGUAUUAUAAGCAGGUUAAUGUCGGUGGAAGAGGAGCUAAAGAAAGAUCACAAUGACAUGCAGGCUGUGGUUGACUCCAAACAGAAGAUCAUUGAUGCACAGGAGAAACGUAUAGCGUCCCUGGACACGGCCAACGCCCGUCUGAUGAGUGCCCUGACCCAGCUGAAGGAGCGCUACAGCAUGCAGACCCGUAACGGCAUCUCCCCGACCAACCCCACCAAGCUCCAGAUCACUGAGAAUGGAGAGUUCAGGAACAGCAGCAACUGCUAGAGGCAGAGAGAGAGGGUGUGUGUGUGUGUGUGUGUGUGUGUGUGUGUGUGUGUGUGUGUGUGUGUGUGUGUGUGUGUGUGUGUGUGUGUGUGUGUGUGUGUGUGUGUGUGUGUGUGUGUGUGUGUGUGUGUGUGUGUGUUGGCUGGUGCUUGUAGAGGACACUUCCUUUUAUGGACACUACAUGGUGAGGAGAAUGUGAGUGAGGAGACCACUGCCAGGGGCCAAGCGAGGAGGCGGGUCUUCAGUUUGACAGACAGCAGACCAGGAAAGAGACAGCGAAUCAAUGGACAGAGCUGAACACCAGAUGGGCCCUGCAGAGGAGAAGCCGGGACAAGCUGUAGACAUGAACUGAACUCUCCGUCAAUCAAUCGACUUGGAUGUUUCCAUUGGAUGUAUGCAGUUGCUGGGACAAUUUCAGGCUCUCUUCCCUAAAGCUUGUGUCAAACCACUAUAUAAUCAACACAUUGUCUGUCAGAUAGUCACCCAAAACCUCUUUACUCUCCUAUUCUCUUCUUCUCUGUUCUCCUUUCCUCUCCUCUUUUCUCUUCUCUGUUUUCCUCUCCUUUCCUGACCUACUCUCUUCUUCUCUCUGUUAGGAGCAGGUUAUGUGGACCUUGUACAAAACAAUAACAAAAACAAUGGUUUAUUUAGAUCUUAUCUCAUUCUUUUAAAAACCAAAUAGGAGCUUUGAAAUAUUUUUUGUCCAAACUGAUCUUUAUAUGUAAGUCCCUGAGUGUGUUCCAAAGUGCCCCACUAUCCCCUACCCCCAUGUCCCCUACAUAGUGCACUUUGUGAAAGUUAUUGGUACAUGAAACGCCUUAAGUAAGGAACACACCUCUACUUUGUCCUUCAGCCCACUUUGUCCUUCAGCCCCCUUCUUCCUGCCAUAAAAGGCACAACCUAUAAUUUACUGUGGAUACUGUAUAAAUACAUCACGUAAUGUAUUAUAAACCCUAAAUAAUGAACUAUAUGUGAGACUAUAUUAAUGAUAUUUAAUAUAGAUGUAUGCAUAUUUAUUUUUUUCCUCUAUAAAGUAUACAUGAGAUAUAGUUAUAUUUGACAGACUGCAGCUAUACUGUGUAUUAUAGGGCAUAGGGGGAGAGACUGCAGCUAUACUGUGAGUAGCACCAUCAACAGAUUACAUAGUUAGAAUGCUAUUUUAUUUCUUCUAAACCUUUAGUUUAUCCAGGUUUUCUGGGCAGACCUGGUUGGGUCGAGGUUUGCUAUAGUGCUUCAUCAUUAAUGUUGAAUCAACGUUGAAUCAAUGUUGUAUGUUGGUUGUGUGUCCCUCUGCAUUUGGAGCUAUAGGACUGGCUCAUUGUAAUGGCUUGAAUGGAAUGAAUGGUCAACCACAUGUUUGACUCUAUUCCAAAACUCCAUUCCAGCCAUUGCAAUGAGCCUGUCCUCCUAUAGCUCCUCCCACCAGCCAUGGUUGGUCUCAUAGCCCCUGUAGUACAAGGAGAGAGAGUUGUGUUGUUUAACACAACAUUAUACUAUACACUGGACUGGUGUCGGUCACGUGACCUCACAGAUUAGAAUAUUACUUUUUCUUAAAACUCUUAAAUAAGAAUGUUACUCUUAAAACUCCUGUUUGUAAAUUAAUGUCAAUGAAGCAUGCUGCAUCAAGACUGUGACCUCCCACUUCGCUUUCAAGCAUCGCUCUCUCCUCUAUUUCUCUCCCCUUCUCCUUCAUUCCCUCUCUCCCUCUCUCUCUCCUCUAUUUCUCUCCCCUUCUCCUUCAUUCCCUCUCUCUCUCUCUCUCUCUCUCUCUCUCUCUCUUUCUUCUGAAUGUGAAGAUGCUACUCAAACACAGUUGGUCUUAAAAUUGGGUGUUUAAGUCCUUCUGAAUGAUCCGAUAGCUGCUGUUCGGCUCGCCCCCACCAGACAUUUCAACAUCUAUAUUUGGUAUAUUUUUCUAUUCCUUUUUCUUACCUUUACAGAUGAAUUAAUAAGAGUGAUGAAAUCUGCAUGCUUCAUUUUGGUGCUAUAACCAAUGGUAGCGCCAGACUGUCAGCUUGUUUUCAGUUGCCAAUAUAGGAAGACGAUGAAAUUCUUUUUUUAUGAUUUGCUACAGAAAUAAACAUAUAUAAUAUGUGAUUAUAUAUCCUAUUAUAUACAGUUUCCAGUCCAAAGUUUGGACACACCUACUUAUUCAAGUUUUUUUUCUUUAUUUUUAAUAUUUUCUACAUUGUAGAAUAAUAGUGAAGACAUGAAAACUUUGAAAUAACACAUAUGGAAUCAUGUAGUAACCAAAGAAUGUAACGGUUUUCUUGAGUUGAUGGAGAGGCGGACCAAAACGCAGCGUGGUGGUUAUUCAUGGUACUUUAAUAAAGACACUAUACAUGAAUAAACUAACAAAACAAUAAACGUGAGAAAACCUAAACAGCCUAUCUGGUGAAAACAAACACAGAGACAGGAACAAUCACCAACAAACACACAGUGAAACCCAGGCUACCUAAGUAUGAUUCUCAAUCAGAGACAACUAAUGACACCUGCCUCUGAUUGAGAAUCAUACUAGGCCGAAACAUAGAAAUACCCAAAUCAUAGAAAAACAAACAUAGACUGCCCACCCCAACUCACGCCCUGACCAUACUAAAUAAUGACAAAACAAAGGAAAUAAAGGUCAGAACGUGACAAAGAAAGUGUUAAACAAAUCUAAAUAUAUUAAGUAGCUAACCUUUGCCUCGAUGAUAGCUUUGCACACUGGCAUUCUAUCAACCAGCUUCAUGAGGUAGUCACCUGGAAUACAGUUCAAUUAACAAGUGUGCCUUGUUAUAAUAAUGUAUUUCCUUCUUAACGCAUUUGAGCCAAUCAGUUGUGUUGUGACAAUGUAUGGGUGGUAUACAGAAGAUAGCCCUAUUUAGUAAAAUACCAUAUUAUGGCAAGAACAGCUCAAAUAAGAAAAGAGAAAUGACAGACUAUCAUUACUUUAAGACAUGAAGGUCAGUCAAUAUGGAACCUUUCAUGAGCUUCGACAGUUUCUUCAAGUGCAGUAGCAAAAACUAUCAAGACAAUGAUGAAACUUGCUCUUGCGAGGACCGCCACAGGAAAGGAAGACCCAGAGUUUCCUCUGUUGCAGAGGAUAAGUUCAUUAGAGUCAACUGCACCUCAGAUUGCAGCCCAAAUAAAUGCUUCACAGAGUUCAAGUAACAGACACAUCUCAACAUCAACUCUUCAGAGGAGACUGAGUGAAUCAGGCCUUCAUGGUCGAAUAGCUGCAAAGAAACACUACUAAAGGACACCAAUAAGAAGAAGAGACUUGCUUGGGCAAAAAUAACACGAGCAAUGGGCAUUAGACCGGUGGAAAUCUGUCCUUUGGUCUGAUUAAUCCAAAUGUGAGAUUUUUGGUUCCUUCCAAAAAUGUCUUUGUUAGACACAGAGUAGGUGAUCUCCGAAUGUGUGGUUUCCACCGUGCCACUCCCUUUGGUUUAGAUUCUUCAUUUAUUAGUGUCCUUUAGUAGUGUUUCUUUGCAGCUAUUCGACCAUGAUUAGUAUAAAAUAUUUUUUGAUACGUUUAACACUUUUUUUGGUUACCACAUGACUACAUGAUAUGUGUUAUUUCAUAGUUUUGAUGUCUUCACUAUUAUUCUACAAUGUAGAAAAUAAUCCAAAUAAAGAAAAACCCUUGAAUGAGCAGGUGUGUCCAAACUUUUGACUGGUACUGUAUAUAAUAACGAUUAGUGUAUCAAGAGGCUGGACAGGCUUGGAGACGAGUGUAAAUUAAAUGUUCACAAUAUUUUUACCUAAUGUUAAAAAUAGUUUUUUUUAUGUACCUUGUGUUCAAUAAUACUGCUCCAUCGAUCGAUAUGACAUCAUGUAAAUUGUAAAUAGCUCAGUCAGUCAUCUGUCCUGUUCAGUUAGAUGUCCAGGUUUUAGCCUGUACAUCUAAGUCUCCCCUCUCCACCGCCACAUUCAUUAUUCUCUUUUUCGAUCAAGGGAAAACCACUUUAAAAUUAAUAGUUGCAAAAAAAAAUGUAAAAUGACAAUUUACUGUUGAGAGGUGUUGGAUGAUUUCAGGUGUGUAGAGGACAGGGAGAAUCCAGACGUCCAGCAUUCUAUGACCAAUCAAUUGUGGAGAAAGAGAAACACAAGCACAAAAUCCCAUUUCUCAUCAGCCCAGCUCUAUGCACUUUUAAAAUUGGGUUUUAAGCAUUAUUAGUCUACGUUCCAUAAAAAACUCCAUCUUUUGGAGUGCAGAAAUGUGCACUCCGGGCUUGAUUAGCCAUGUAGUGGAGUGCACUACCGAACCACUAGAUUUCAGAUGAUUGGCUCAAACUUCAACAAUGAUGUAUUUUAUUUCCAGAGUUCGAAGGGGAAAAGAGAGUACUGACUGUGAUAUUAGGGACUUAAAGUCUAGUCCCCUGAGCAGUCUCCACUUCUCAUCCGUAGCCCUCUACCGUGGAACCUUACCUUACAAACUAGCCUGUGCCAUUGAAAUGCCAACUCUCCCAAAUCAGCUAGAUUAAUACUGGUAUAAACCUUCUAAUGAUCUAUUUGUAUUACCAGGGCAACACAACAUGAAGCCUCUUCCAUAGAAAUAGGGAAUGCAAUGUCAUUUCAUUUGGCUAUCAAUUCUAAAUCUUGGGUAUGUUUCUGGUAGCAUCCCAGUUCUGUCCCACCUUCAUUAAGUUGUUAGAGAAUAUAGGAGAGUCAGAGAGAGAAAUGUGGUGAUGAUGUCUCUGUAGCCACACAAACUCAUUAUACAUACAGUACAGUUAGAGCCAGUGAGAAAAAUACUAUAAACUAAAUAUACAUCUAUAAAUAAAGUGAAAGAUGUUGUAUGUUUUCUAAUAUCUUAGAAAAUACUUUUGUAAGUAUGUUGAAAGUGAAGUAUUUGCUGGAUUCUGCUUCCUUGGACAACAGUGGUGAAAACAAUAAUGUACAGAGGAAUUUGUGUUGAUGAUAUAUUCAAAACAAUGUGGCUGUGCAAUUUAUGUACAUUUGCAACUAGACUUAUUAAAGUUUUAUUUAGCUAUUUUAA